UCCGGAGCCCGGUGCUGUCACACGCAGGAGGUGUAGAAACUGGGAAAGGCGGCGGGCUGCUGUUUGUGUGUUAGCUAGCAUACCUGUGCUGUGGCUGUGCUUCCUGUCGCGUUCACACUCGUUCCAAGUGUUACUUUGUUCAAAUAUUAAGCAUAAACACGUUUUCAAGGAGCGCUUAUAGACGGUUCGAGACACACGUUCAAACCUGUUACAGCAACGUUUUAAUGAACAUUACUGCGUGGAUUUAAACACGUCUGUGUCACCCUGAGGAUACAGUGCUGUAAUACUUUGUUCACUGAGCUUUGAGUGGCCCAGCGAAACUACUAAUGACGGACGCAGUCACACAUUCACGUGAUCCACUCCCACAUCUUUUUUCAGGCCUCGAGCCUUUCGGGCCCGGCACAUCCAGAUCACCGGACCCAUCUUCCACAACAUGAAUAGUUUUUCCUUAUAAUUCAGAAAAUGACUUGAAACUGUUGGAUUUAAAAUGCGCAGGCCAGCUACUACAGGAGUGUCAGAGAUGAGGACGUGUUUUUUUCCAUCGCUCCUGAUUUGUUCUGGAAAAUCUGCCAGCUGUACCCAACACACCCAGGACAUGAUCAAAUCUUCAAAUCAGAGUAUGGGAGCUGUUCCAAGCCAAUGUGAGGGUGUCACCGAGGACUGUCUCCAGCCCAGCGGGGCGGGACAGGAAGAUUACAACCAGCCUAUCAUUGAGAAGGACAGCAUUAAGAGGACCAGCUUGAGCAGGAGAUGCAGCUCAGCAGACACUGUUCACUGUCCCACCUGUCAGGGCACCGGGCGUAUACCCAGAGGUCAGGAAAGCAAGCUGGUUGCUGUCAUUCCCUGUACUGACCAGAGGCUGAGACCCAGACACACGAAGCUGUAUGUUGCCUUGUCUGUUGGGCUGUGCCUCCUGGUCAGCAUCCUGGUGUUGUUCUUCCUGUUUCCACGCUCCGUGCUUCUGUCUCCAGUAGCUGUCAAGUCAUCCUCUGUUUACUUCACUCACGACGGCGUGCAGAUUAACAUCACGAACGUGUUGAACAUCACUAAUAACAACUUUGCAGCGGUGCAGGCCUACAACCUGACAGUCCAGGCGCUCAACUUUGGCACGGUGCUGGGAACGGUGUCCAUUAAGAACGUCGUGUCUGUCAAACCUCUGUCCAUGAAAACGUACUCCUUCAUGAUACCCAUCCAGCUGACAGACCCUGGUUUGAGUAACUACUGUAAGAAAGAGUCAUUGCCUGUCCAUAUUCUAUAUGUGAACCUACAGAUAUCACUGACAGUCUUCUGCCUGGCCCGCUAUGAGCAGCUGUCCCUGGAGACGUACGAGUACAUCGACUGUGGAGCAAACAACACCGUACCACACAGCAUACAAGCCGCAUCGACCUGAUGGAGGGACGGAUAACAAAUGCUGUGCAUGUGUCUGGGAAGUAGAGUAAUGUGCUUUGUAAUAUUUAGAGCAGGAUGCUGUCUCGGCUGGAUGUUGAAUGAAGAGGACCAGAAAAGCAGUGUGAAGAUUAACAGCUGCUUUGGUUUUGAAUUAAACUGACUCUGCUGUGUUUGCCUGGGCUGGAGAGGAAGGAGAAACGGUGCUGUGGGCCAGACCAGUGGACUAAGGUAUCCCGUUCACAUGGUCUCACUGUGAUGUGCUGGAAGUCAUGUGGUAACCAUGUGACCCUACAGCACCUACAGGAUGGCACCCACUGUGGUCCAGCAUGUGCUGCCCCCUCUGUAAGCUGGAAUGAUAUAAAUCAUUAGAUGGCAUGGUGUGUCUGCUAAUCAUCUUCAAAUAAAGCUCAUUAUUUGUC